UUUCCGUUCUUCGCUCCUGCUGCAAUUGGUUUUCGGUUUCUGUUUGCCGGUUACAGUUCUAGAGUGUGGUGGAAUUUUUCUUGCUGGUUUGGGGAAUUGUGAAAUCUGUGGACGGUAUAGUGAUCUCCAUCUGCCGCCGGAAUUCGAAACUAUUUUUUCCCCCAAAGUGUGAAUGAGUUGGUAUUUUUGUGCCGCAUGGUCUCCUACUACUGUUGUUAGGGCUUUCUCUUCUAUGGACUGGAUUGUUUCUUAAAUUUCUUCUUGCGGCUGGAUUCUUUGCUUGCAGGACCGUUGGUAAGAAACUAUGGAUUCCUGCUUUGGCAGUCUCAAAGGAAGCAUCUGCUCUGGUGGUUAUAGUAGUAUUGGCUCGUUAGGCCGUCGCCAUGGUUUAGCGAUUUAGAGAUAAUACGUUGGUGGAAUUCUUCUAUUCUAAAUUUGCUCUUCAAUUAUUCCAUUCAUCUUGCUCUCAUCGCGAAAGAAAAAGGAGAGCACAGAUAGGUAUAGGUGUUGCUGAAUGGGUAAUAAGUUGGGAAGGAGGAGGCAAGUGGUGGAUGAGAGGUAUACAAAGCCACAAGGUUUAUAUGUCCACAAAGACGUAGACCAUAAGAAGCUCAGAAAGCUCAUUCUCGAGUCCAAGCUCGCACCGUGCUAUCCUGGUGAUGAGGAGUCCUGCAAUGACCAUGAAGAAUGCCCUAUUUGCUUCUUGUACUACCCAAGCCUCAACCGGUCGCGGUGUUGCACAAAGGGGAUCUGUACAGAAUGUUUUCUGCAGAUGAAAAAUCCUAAUUCAACUCGGCCUACUCAAUGUCCGUUCUGUAAAACAUCAAAUUAUGCUGUGGAAUAUCGUGGUGUGAAAACAAAAGAGGAGAAGGGCUUGGAGCAAAUUGAAGAACAAAGAGUAAUAGAAGCAAAAAUUAGGAUUCGACAACAAGAGCUUCAGGAUGAAGAGGACAGAAUGCAAAAACGGCUGGAAUCAAGUUCUUCCAGUUCUCACGUUGCAUCUGAGGAGGUUGAUUGUGGCUCUGCAGCAGUUCCAUCCUAUGCAUCGUCCGAAAGUGAUGAAAUUGUUUCUUCUCGACCAUCUAUCAGAGAUCCUGCAUUGGCCAGACCAAACAGGGAUGAAGACUUUGACCUUGAUCUCGAGGAUAUUAUGGUCAUGGAGGCAAUCUGGCUUUCUAUUCAGGGAAACGGCCGACCAAGAAAUUUGUCCUAUGAUGUUUCGUCCGAGCAAUAUGGGGCUCAGUGCUAUAUGUCACAAACCGCUUCAGCUCCACCACCUGUUGUUGCGUCAUCAUCUUCGUCAUCAUCAUCUCCUUCUGGUGGUCUUGCUUGUGCAAUUGCUGCCCUUGCCGAACGCCAGCAGAUGGUCCCUGGGAAUGUCGUGUCAGCAGAUAAUGUACUUCCAGGCUGUAACAAUAGCUUCUACAGCGCCAUGAGCCAGCAGCACGCAGAUUGUUAUGCUCCAGCAGAGAGCUCCAGCAAUGUGUCACCUGAUUGCCAAAUCGUAGUGACGAGGGACGAUGCAGAAUGGAUCGGGAAUCGUGGAUCGGAUGCUGCUGCUGAAGCAGGAACGAGUUACUCAACAGGCUCUUCUGAUACGACAAUGGAAGAGUGUGGAAGCUCUUCCUUAUCCCCGUUGCCGCCUCCACCGCCACCGCCACCACUGCUGAAUGAGAUGGGAGGACCUAUUCUUCCUGAAAGCUUUGAGGAGCAGAUGAUGCUGGCUAUGGCCGUUUCGCUUGCAGAGGCUCGAGCUGUAACGACGGGAAGCACGUGGCAAUGAUCUCCCACAAGAGAGGGCGGGCCCAGUGUUUCCGAGGUUGUAUGUUGUGGCUCAUCAAUUACAACUCUGAGAAAAAGGGAGGUAGUGAUCGGUCUCUUCUAGAUCUUGCUUGCAUCACAUGGUGACCAUAUAUAGUUAGGGAGAAGAAGGGGGGCUUGUUUCUCUUCUUUAGUGAAUGGAAAGGUAUGUUUGGAUAGUUUUUUCCCAUAAUGAUUGAGAUUCCUUCCUCUUGUGUAGUGUUAGACGUCCUUCUACUCCAAACAUAUGCUAUGAAGUAACACGAUAGGGACAGCGACAUCGAUGUUGAACAAAGGAAAAAAAAGGAAAGAAAGAUGGGUUUGUGAGUGUUGAUUCUUUGUAGAAAUCAGAAUGCGUAGAUUCCAUGUUAAUGAGUUGGUAAUGUCCGAGACAGUGUAUCAUUUGUAUAGCAACAAAUUAGUUGCCAGUCCCAUGAUGGUCAGUCGAAGAGAUUUAUCGGUCAUUUGAUAUUGCUGUAGGGUGUAACUAAUGUGUCUGAUAGGGAGAUAUUCCGAAGGCUAAUGGAAUCAUUCCAAUUCAGUUCCA